AUGCGAUUCGCUACCAUUAUUACCUACGCGCUGGCUGUGACCACUGGUGCUGCCAUGAGCCUUUCAGACAUGGUCAGCGACGUUCACCAUCUCACUAGCCUUGCCCACGACGCUACCGACUUAAUCAUGAGUAUCAACAAUACCAAUGCGCCCCAGAAGGGCCCGUUACUGAUCAACAAAAUGACAAAAAUUCGUAUGGUUACCGAGCAGGACGUCGCUGCCUUGAGCAAGAUGCGCUCAUUCGAGACUCGCCAGGAGUGUCUAGAUGCCGAGAACCCCGAGAACUGCCAUGAGGUCCUCAAUCGACGCCCGGACUUUUUAGACAUCGACCCCGCUUAUCUCUGUAAUGAGAUCUUUAUCCCAUUAUUUAUAACCCAGACAUCAGUUUCUAAGAGGUCUUUCAGGAGAAGUGUGGUAUUCAGCUAA